CGCGGCAGCUCGUGGCUCGACGUGCACGGGUCUGCACCCGGUUGGCGUGCUCAGGAGAGGGGUAAACCAUUUGUACUCUCCAAAUUCAUUCAUACAUACGAGGGUUGAGUCAUAGAGUCUGCUUCUGCUCGACCGUCAGCAUGAGCGCCGAGAAAAAUGCUGCGCCCGUGCAGCGCGGAUUCGGCUACCUGAUGCUUGGUGGUACCGCCAGUAUGAUGGCCGCCAGUUGCACACACCCACUCGACCUGCUCAAGGUCCGCAUGCAAACCAACACCUCGGCGACGCGUGGUACCGGCGUCCGCCCGCCAGGCCUCGUCACGACCUGCACUCGCCUCGUGGCUGCCGAAGGCAUCACGGGGCUCUACCGCGGCCUCACUGCAAGCCUGCUCCGUCAGGGCACCUACUCGACCACACGAUUUGCCGCCUAUGAUUGGAUGAAAAUGCAGGUCCAGCAGCGUCAAGGGCGUGACCUCAACACUCCAGAGCGGUUUGCAGUGGGCAUGGCGGCCGGUGGUCUUGGUGGGCUGGUGGGUACGCCCGCUGACGUGUGCAACGUGCGGAUGCAGGACGACGGGCGCUUGCCCGUGGAACAGCGUCGAGGCUACAAGAACGUCUUUGACGCUUUGUUUCGCAUCGCACGCACCGAGGGCGUGGGUAGCCUCUACGCCGGACUUGGCCCCAACGUUCAACGUGCCAUGCUCAUGACGGCCGGGCAGAUUGCCAGCUAUGACACUUGCAAGAGCUUUCUGCUCAAAGGCACUGGGGGGCUUUUUCAAGACAACCUCAUAACCCACUUUACGGCCUCGUCCAUGGCCGGGGUGGUGGCCACGCUCCUGACUCAGCCCUUUGAUGUCAUCAAGACGCGCAUCAUGGCUGCGCCCAAGGGAACAUAUGCUUCAGCCUUUGCUUGCGGCGCCAGCACCGUCAAGGCCGAAGGUGUACUUGCCUUGUACAAGGGCACAUUGCCGGCCUUUGCCCGCCUAGGCCCACAAACCAUCUUGACCUUUGUCUUCCUGGAACAGCUGCGCAAGUUUUACCGCCAAGUUACAAAGGAGGCGUAG